AUAUAUUUUUUAAAAAUAGUCAAUUAUUUUUUUAAAUCUCUUAUAACUCUAAGUUAAUUAUUUCGUCACUUUAGUCCUCGAAGACAUCAUUUUCAUCAAAAUAUUAAUAAAAAAAAGUAAUGCACUACAAUAACAACUCCUAGUCAUGGAAGUUUUCACUGAAAAAGAAAAGAGAAUUUUAACAGUAACUAAAUCGCCAAGUGAUGAAUUGUCACUCACUAAUUGUCUAGUUAUAAAUGAAGAUCUUUUUAAAAAUCUUAAAACAAAAUAUGGAGAUGAACUUUUUACUAAAAUUUCUUUUAAUAAUGGUACAAAGUUUGUAUAUAAAAUAUGCUCCCAUGAUAAAAUUAGUCCUGAACUUAUUGGACUAAGUUAUAUUCAAAGAGAAUGGACUCAAAUUACUCUCCAGUGUAAAGCUGAUGUUUCCAUUUGUGUGUGUACAAAAUAUGCUGUUAUUAGUAAAAUCAAUCUUAAAAUAGAUUUUCUUUAUAAAAAAAGCAAAAUAAUGGAGUCUUUCAACACUGAUUUAAUGGCAAAAAAAUUCAAUGAAUGUUUUCGUGACCUUCCCUUUACUAAAGGUCAAAAACUGAUAUUCAAGUUAACUGAUAAAAUGCCAUUAUUACAAUUGGUUGUUGAUAAAAUAGAAUGUAUUGAAAAUAGUGCCUCUACAUUUGGUUUGCUCAAGAUGAACUCAUUAGUGUUCUUUGAUAAAGCAGAUGAUUCAGAGAUAAAUCUUACAGGUAAGUAUCGAGGUGCAGUAACUAUGACAACCACAUCAAUAUUAAAUCCUGACUGGGACUUUUCAAAAAUGGGUGUUGGUGGCUUAGAUAAGGAAUUUUCAGUUAUAUUUAGAAGAGCAUUUGUAUCUAGAGUUUACCCUCCAGAAUUAGUUGAACAACUUGGUUUGCAGCAUGUGAAAGGAAUUCUUUUAUAUGGACCGCCAGGUACUGGAAAAACAUUAAUGGCUCGUCAAAUUGGGAAAAUGCUUAAUGCUUCCGAACCAAAAAUUGUUAAUGGUCCUGAAAUUUUAAAUAAAUUUGUAGGUGAGUCUGAAAAAAAUAUAAGAGUACUGUUUGAAGAUGCUGAAGCUGAUCAAAAAAAAUAUGGAGUUAAUAGUCCACUCCAUAUGAUCAUUUUUGAUGAAAUAGAUGCAAUUUGUAAACAACGAGGAACUGCUACAGGCAGUACUGGAGUAGCCGAUACUGUUGUUAACCAACUAUUAUCAAAGAUAGAUGGUGUGGAACAGUUAAACAAUAUUUUAAUUAUUGGAAUGACAAACAGAAAAGAUCUUAUUGAUGAGGCGUUGCUAAGACCUGGAAGGUUAGAAGUACAGAUGGAAAUAAAUCUUCCAAAUGAAGAAGGUAGAUUGCAAAUUCUCAACAUACACACAUCAAAACUUCAAGAGCAUAAAAAACUUCACUCAGACGUUGAUCUUAAGCAAAUAUCUGUGCAAAUAAAGAACUACAGUGGUGCAGAAAUAGAAGGUUUGGUGCGUGCUGCUACUACUAAUGCUAUGAAUAAACUUGUCAGUCAAGGUCAAGGUAAAGUUGAAAUUAACCCAAAUGCCGUAGAAAGUUUAUUGGUUACCAAAACAGAUUUUGAUGUUGCAGCAAGCGAUAUUAAACCAGCGUUUGGUAGUGGAACUGACGAUGCUGAUCAUUACCUUGACAUUGGUAUUUUUAUAUAUGGCAAUCCAAUUUCCAGUAUUAUUGAAGAUGGUGAGUUACUAAUUAAACAAGCUCAAUCAGGUAGUUUAGUUUCACCGGUCAGUUUGUUAUUGCAGGGUCCUGCAGGAAGUGGUAAAACUGCACUUGCAGCUCACUUGGCAUAUAAAUUGUCAAACUUUCCUUUUGUAAAAGUUGUUUCUCCCGAAAAUAUGAUUGGUUAUUCUGAAAGUUCCAAGUGUCAAGCAAUUAAAAAAAUCUUCGAUGAUGCAUACAAGUCUGAAUUAAGUUGCAUUAUAGUUGAUGACAUUGAACGUUUAUUAGAAUAUGUUCCAAUUGGUCCGAGGUUUUCCAAUGUAGUGCUGCAAACGUUAAUUGUGCUUUUAAAAAAAAAGGCACGAAAAGGUCACAAGCUAUUGAUUAUAGCAACUUGCAAUAGUUCAGAUGUUCUUCGAAGUUUGCAAGUACUUGACUGCUUCAAUGCCACUAUCUAUGUUCCAGCAAUAAGGGAUGUUAUAUAUAUGACAAACAUACUUAGAGAACUCAAUGUUUUUAAUAAUGAUGAGCUACGAGAAAUUGAAAGUUCAAUGAAACAAAAAAGUUUUAAUGUUAGUUUGAAAAAACUAAUCAGUUUAGCUGAGAUGGCAAAGCAAUCUGACGAUUCGAAAGUUAUAAAGUUUAUUUGUUUACUAGACCAACAAUGUGGUAAUAUCUGUUAAGGUAUCAAUUCAGUCAAGAGAUGAAACAAGAAGAAUAACAAUUGGUUUAAUACAGUAGGGGUAUUUUUGCAAAAAAAAAAAAUUUAAUUCACUGAGAGCUUUUCUGAGGUGCAAAAUAACCGUCUCCGUUUAUUAAUUUUGAAUUUUUCCCCAACUCUACGUUUUUUUUUUGUUUUUUUUUAUCAAUUUCUGUUUAUUAACUUGGUAGUUUUUUCCCCUCAUUUUCUAAAAUCGUUUUGGGAUCAAUCAAUGUGUAUAUUGUUUUUUUUGUUUGUUUGUUUUCAAAGUAA